UGUUCUGAAGUAUCAGAGGGAAAACCUCUGUCUGUUGCUCACGAGCUGAUUCAGCGUUAAAUGUUGGAGGAAAACAUUUAGUUGAACAUUCAUCGUGAGCUCCGAGCCGACAGACAGUGUGGAGCCAUGUCUGACCGCGAGGAAGAGACGACAGACGGACAGCAGGAGCUCCAGGGCGCCGUGGGAGGAGAAGAUGUCAUCGAUGAUCCAAUCCUGGAGCAGGGAGCAGUGGUCCUUCGGGGGUAUGUGAUUGAGCGGAUCAACACAGAGGAACCCGGCCGGCAGGUCCACUCUGAGGAUUUGGGAGGACAGCCCAACGAACUACAGGAUCCACACAUCAAGGAAGUGGUGCUACAGCUGCUGAAGAUCGCAGAUGAAAUGAACAGGAACGCUGAGUUACAGCAAUUGAUCAACCAGGUUCAGGCUGACUGCGCUCAGGACAUCUUCAUGAAGGUGGCCAGGAAUAUCUUUGCUGAUGGAAUCAACUGGGGCAGAAUCGUGGCUCUCUUCCAUUUGGCUUACAGACUCAUACACAAGUCACUGACCACCAACCAUUUAGAGAACAUCAGAAUAGUCAUCAGUUGGGUUCUCCAGGUGAUCAAAGACAUGCUCUACCCCUGGAUAGUACAGCAGGGAGGCUGGGAGGGAGUGAUCCGUGGCUUUUCUCGGUGGAGGACAGUAGCUAUGGUAGCAUCAGUCGUACUGGCAGCCACCUUUGUUUUCUACAGGAAGACGCACUGAGACCAUCCUUUCAACUGAAGCUGCAUCUCUUGAUUCGGAGGGGUCCUGGCUCUCAGGUCAUAAGAACAUCGGCAUUUUAAUGAGGACGACUUCCAACUGCUGGAAAAAGUUGUUGUUUGACACCAUCUUGUUUUUUGUUCUCUUUUUCUCUCUCUUAAAUGGACCUGGUUAUUUCAGAUUCACUUAGAAUUAUUCAUUUGAAUUAGAAUAAUUAUAAUUAAAAGGAAAACACUCCAGUUAGUGAAUGUACCCUCUGUUUAUUAACUCCUCCAGCAGUGAACACACGCAGGAGCAGUGGGGGAUUGGGUGCCUUGCUCAGGGGCACCCAGCCCUUGGCCCAUUCCGGGAAUGAACCAGCAACCAUCCAAGCCCAAUACCUUUCCUCUUGGACACGGGGUGACCCUUUUCAUGUCGUGUCCAUUUUACAGACAAAUGUUAGUAUUUCCAAAGUAGGUGGAUAUUGUGUUGAGAUGUUUACACACAGUUUUAUAUGCAUAAGGUUUAAAUAUCAAAUAAUGUUUGCAAUAAAUGCAGAUGAAACUGGUGUGAACUGCCAUAAAACAACUUUGUUUCUAUGUUUGAUUGAGAAUCAGAAAAAAGCACUGUUAAAAGCUUUAGUAAAAUCAGAUCAGAAUAAAAACCUUAACAAUG